GCGAGGAGGGAGAGGAGUUGACCGUUGGCUGCCCCGUCCCACCUAAGUAGGGCUCAUCCUGUCGGGGGUCUUUCCCAGCCCAGCUGCCGGCCAUGGCGUACCGCGGGCAAGGCCAGAAGGUGCAGAAAGUGAUGGUGCUGCGGCCCAUCAACCACAUCUUCAGAUACCUACAGAAUAGGUCCAGAAUUCAGGUGUGGCUGUAUGAACAGGUGAACAUGAGGAUAGAAGGCUGUAUUAUUGGAUUUGAUGAAUAUAUGAACUUGGUUCUGGAUAAUGCUGAGGAGAUUCACUCCAAGGCAAAAUCAAGAAAACAGCUGGGUCGAAUCAUGUUAAAAGGAGACAAUAUUGCUCUUCUGCAGAGUGUUUCUAACCAGAAAUAGCUAUUGAGUCUGUUUUGCUUAUUAUUUUAAUCUUUA